AUGGCGGACAUUCAGAAUGUCACACUGGCGGGAGGCGUGACUGUGGGCGCGUCAGUGGACAUGAUGAUAACACCUGCGGCUGCGUACGCCUUGGGAAUGGCUGGUGCGACUGUCUGUAUGCUGGGGUACAAGUAUUUCAGUCCCUUUCUUGCACGACACUGCCGGAUACAGGACCAAUGUGGCAUCCACAACCUGCACGGCCUCACUGGGCUCAUAUCCUGUGUGGCGGGAAUCUGUGCCAUUCUCUGGGCGAGUGAGGAGGUCUACGGGCCGAGCCUCUAUGAGAUAUUCCCGAAUAGAGCUCCAGUGGAAGGGGACCCAACUCUGCUCAAACUACAGCAGCUGGUGCCUGGUUUAGCGCCUGGUUUAGGGAGGACUGCCCGAACACAAGCCCUCUUUCAGGCUGCAGCUGUAGGAUUGACCAUUGGAGUGUCUGCAAUUGGAGGUGUCUUGACUGGAUUUGUCCUGAAGCUUCCAGGCCUCGCAGCCCCGUCAGAUGAGCAGUAUAACCCGGCUGCUCGUGAAUCUGACUGUAUCCAUUGCUCUCGGGAGUUGCGCCACGUCGGAAGAAUCAACAUGGCUGAUGAUUUUGUAGAGGCCAUGCUGGAGGCUCCUUACAGAAAGGAUGAGUACAAGUCCUCUCACACAAACGGACAUGAAGACCAUAGUAAGAAGAAAAAACGCAGUCGUAGCCGCAGUCCGGCCUCUCGUAAGAGACGCAGCCGGAGUCGGGAUCGAAAGAAGGGGAAGAAGAGGAGCCGCAGCCGUGAGCGCAAGCGCAGCCGCAGUAAGGAGCGCCGCCGCAGCCGCUCCAAGAGCAAGGAGCGGUCUGGCAGAUACAAGGGACGCAAAAGCCCCAUACGCAAACCUUCAAGAAGCCGAAGUCCCAUCAUCCAAAAAGAAAAGAGUCCCAUAAGGCUACCUAUCGAUAAUCUAACGCCAGAGGAGAGAGAUGCCCGCACAGUGUUCUGCAUGCAGCUGGCAGCUCGAAUCCGUGCUCGAGAUCUGGAAGACUUCUUCUCUGCCGUUGGAAAAGUGAGAGAUGUGAGAAUCAUAUCUGACAGAAAUUCCAGGAGGUCCAAGGGCAUUGCCUACAUAGAGUUUGUAGAUACGUCAUCUGUACCACUCGCCAUUGGACUCACAGGACAGAGGCUGUUGGGGGUCCCCAUUAUCGUACAGGCGUCGCAGGCGGAGAAGAACAGAGCAGCAGCAGCGGCGAGCGCUCUGCAGAGGGGCAGCAUGGGCCCCAUGCGGCUCUACGUGGGCUCGCUGCACUUCAACAUCACAGAGGAGAUGCUGCGCGGGAUCUUUGAGCCUUUUGGACGGAUCGAGUCAAUACAGCUGAUGAUGGACAGUGAGACCGGAAGAUCAAAGGGAUAUGGGUUCAUUUCUUUUUCUGAUGCUGAAUGUGCCAAAAAGGCCUUGGAGCAGUUGAAUGGUUUUGAGCUGGCGGGACGUCCAAUGAAGGUGGGACAUGUUACUGAGCGCUCCGACUACUCUAUGGCCAGCUCGCUCCUGGACAAUGACGAACUGGAAAGAACUGGCAUCGACCUAGGCACCACAGGGAGACUGCAGCUUAUGGCCCGCCUCGCCGAAGGAACUGGUCUGAAGAUGCCACCAGCCGCUCAGCAAGCUCUGCAGAUGACCACGUCUGUACAGUUUGGGAACAUGCCAGCUGUCGGCGUUCCAUCUCCUCAAUCCAUAAACCUUCCGUCGCAGCCGAUCGCCACACACUGUCUCCAGCUGUCCAACCUGUUCAACCCUCAAGCUGAAAAGGAUCCAAACUGGGCCACAGAAAUCAAAGACGACGUAAUCGACGAGUGCAACAAACAUGGCGGUGUUGUUCACAUUUAUGUCGACAAAAACUCUGCUCAAGGAAAUGUCUUCGUCAAAUGUCCUUCGAUCCCUGCUGCAAUGGCCACUGUAAACGCGCUUCAUGGACGUUGGUUUGCAGGAAAAAUGAUCACGGCUGCGUACGUCCCGCUGCCAACCUACCACAACCUCUUCCCCGACUCUGUGACGGCGACAAUGCUCCUGAUGCCGUCUCGCCGAUAG